ACCAUGUCCUGUUAUAUUGAGCUUUGACACAGUUAUCUAAAAAUCAAUAGGUCCUCUACAGAUCAAGACAAAUGAACCUAAGAACUACAUAUGGUGGGCUAAAAAUGGAUAUCAUGUUUGUGGCACUUAAUUAAAGAAGAAAAUUGUCAAUCUACACAGUUAUUGCCAUUUACUGACAUUUAAUUAUUUUUAAAUCUUUUAAUGACAAGAAGAUACAUAUUUUCUAUUUUUAGAGGUAUAACAUUUUUAGGAAGUUUAACAUAAAAUAGUGUGGUUAUCUAUAUGCUUUUAUCUUUAUUAUUUGAGAAACAGCUAAAUAUAGAAACUACAAAACAUACAUUUAUGAAAUUUAUGUUGUAAAAAAACUGUCCUUUUUGCAUCAAGUCUUAACAUAUAUUUGCAACCUCUGAUGAAAUUCUCUGGAACCUUCUUUCCAAGGCUGAAAAACAGGCAACAAAGAGCCCGGAAACAAAAACAAUGAAUGAAAAUAUUAAAAAAGUCCAAAACACUCCAGCAAUACCAGGGCCCAAAUGGUACAACGUCGUACUUCAAUUUGAUUGGGGUGGCGGGCGAAAGGACACAAUUGUUCAGGGUAAGAAAUAAUUCAUAAAACAGCAAUAUGUAAUAAGUUGACACAGUUUUCUUUACAAAAUGCUCUAAAAUAUCAAAAACUGCAAGUUGUUUUAUAAACAACGAGACUUUUCCCUUGAAACUUUAAAAUCAUUCUGUUCUCUGUAAAAAAAAAGAUUUAAGAAUCUUAUUCGUUAAGGGGUCUUUAGCCAAUUUUAAUUAUUCAGAGACUUCUUCACUUAACAAAUUCAUACAUCAGUUAUUAUAUUGAUAUUUGGGGUGUCACAGUCUCUAUACCAUAUAUAUUAUAUACUGUCUGAAUUCUACAUGUAAUUAGCAUCCACAUGUACAUUAUAAUGAAAGUCUUCAUUUUAGCAACAGGUGUACAAGAGUGCUGAUCUGCACAAAAUUAUGGUGGGAAUGACCUAUACAUUUCACAAAGUGGUCCUAAAACCCGACAAUAGCAUGUGGGUUGUGAGCAGCUCCAGGAUGAUGUUGGUGAAGGAAGCGACUGUGAGUGAUGACAUCCAAGUGCCACUGUUACCAGAAGAAGAACCACCAACUGGUUCAAAACGAAGUGUUCGAGAUGCGUUAUCUUCACCCAGCAAAAGCACCAUCCAAGUUAAGGUUGUGAGGGUGUCUCCCUUGAAGUUCAGAUGUGAGGGAACCUUACCUGUUCGUUCUAUUGGCGUUAAAGACAAGUUUGAUUAUGCAAAGAUAGUUGCUUUUGACAAGUGUGCAGAGGAUAGCUAUGAGCCAAAUAAAGCAAUAGGACCAGAGUUUUUUUAUUUUUUGUUUUACCGGAGUGCCGUACCUAAAUAUUGUAAAACCCAAAUAAGAAAAAGAUUCAAAUUCUUAUCUUUAUUUUUAUUUUUCCGCCGGUCGCUGCUCGGAUCACCGAUUGAAAAUAAAAUUUAG